AUGGUGCGCUGGGUGCGCAACGCCACGGCGUCGCCGGUGGAGGGUCGCGGGGGCGCGGGGGACGAGGCCGAUCCCGCGCCCGCGCCCGCGGCCGACGCGGAGGCGCCCGUGCGCCGCCGCCGCCACCGCCCACUCUACCGCCGCCUCUUCCACUAUGUCCGCACUGCAUGGACCGGCGUCAAGUUUGCUCUAGGUCUCACAGCGCAGUCCGAAAAUUCGGAUCUCGAGGAGUUGGGUGAGCAGCUACCGCGGUACCGGCCCGACUCAAUCGCUUCGUUGCGCCGCCAGACUCGUUUCACGGAGCCAGAGCUGAAGCGACUCUACCGAGGCUUCAAGGCAGAGUGUCCCACAGGUGUGGUAAAGGAGGACACCUUCAAGAUUAUUUACUCACAGUUCUUCCCACAGGGAGCGAAUACCGCCCAGUACGCACACUACGUAUUCAACACAUUGGACCAAGAUAGAAGUGGCUUGUUAAGUUUUGAGGAAUUUGUUACGGGUUUAUCAGUAUUAUCACGGGGGACGCUAGAAGAAAAGUUGCGGUGGACAUUUUCUUUAUACGACAUCAAUGGGGACGGGUGUAUUACUAAGGAGGAGAUGACGGAAAUCGUUUCUGCAAUAUACGACCUUAUGGGAAGAAUAGUGGACCCCGCUGCUGAUGAAGAAAUUGUUAGGGAUAAAGUGGAAAGACUGUUUCAGAAAAUGGAUCUAAACCGAGAUGGCGUAUUGACACUGGACGAAUUCCUCCAGUGCUGCGUCCAUGACGAAGCAAUCACGCGGUCCAUGGCGGUGUUCGACAGCAACUUCUGACGGCCUGCGGUAGGCACGGGCAACAAUUCUCGUGCACCGUAAUAACUACAGGAUAAGCUACAGCACGCUACAACAUCGCACUCAUAAUAAUCGACGUUUAUGUAUGAAAUGAUUUUCGUAUGAUGAAGACUCAAUUUUAUAUGGGCGCGAUAUUGCCGACAAUUACUUAGAGGUGUAGCUUAUCUUAGUGGUGUUUUAUUGAUAAAAAAUAUCGAUAGGUUUAUGACAUUUAGUUUCAGAAUCGAUAAGCCUAUUCUUCAGUUGCGUGUACGGUAGUUAACGAAGUAAAUAGGUCUCUAUGAAUGCAUGUUUAUCUAGUCGGAAAAUGGGCAACAUAGCCAUCACAUCCACAGAAAUAAUAAUGGUAAUACUGAUAUAAUAUACAGUUUAGUCUAUUUUUCAAAUUCUCAAUAUUAUUAUACAUCCGUAUGAUUCAGUAGAAUUUUUCCAUGUUACUUGUAUUGUGUAAGUACGUGUAGUUGUGCAG